CUGCCGCAGCUGCAGCUUGCACACGGCCUCGGGCGGGCGCGGCGGCGCGGGCCUGCGGAGCGGCGGCGGCGCGGGCCGGCGGCACCCCCGAGGGCGGCCGAGGAGCUCCGGGCGGCGGCGGCGGCGGACUCGCUCGGCCGGCUGCGCGCGCCCUCCCCGGCCCUGGUCUCGCCCGCUCGGCCGUUAGGGCCGGCGCCGCGGCUUUGUGCGCGGGCAUGGUGUAGCCCCCGCCGCCGCGCGGAGGAGCCGGCUGCGUCCCCGCCCCCGGAGGAGCGACCCCCUCGGCUCGGCGUCUCCCGGCUGCUGGGGACCCCUCGGCGCCGCCGGCACCAUGAGUGAACAGAGUAUCUGUCAGGCAAGAGCUGCUGUGAUGGUUUAUGAUGAUGCCAAUAAGAAGUGGGUGCCAGCUGGUGGCUCAACUGGGUUCAGCAGAGUUCAUAUAUAUCACCAUACAGGCAACAACACAUUCAGAGUGGUGGGCAGGAAGAUUCAGGACCAUCAGGUCGUGAUAAACUGUGCCAUUCCUAAAGGGUUGAAGUACAAUCAGGCUACACAGACCUUCCACCAGUGGCGAGAUGCUAGACAGGUGUAUGGUCUCAACUUUGGCAGCAAAGAGGAUGCCAAUGUCUUCGCAAGUGCCAUGAUGCAUGCCUUAGAGGUGUUGAAUUCCCAGGAAACAGUUAUUAAUCAGCUUAGAAGUGGCGGCAUAGGAGAAUUUAGAUGCCAAGAAUCAGAAGUGUCCUUGGGAAAGGAUAUGAUUCUUUCUAGAGAUCUCCAAAGUCGGAAAGCCCAGAGCAAGGUUACUGCUACCCAGGACAGCACUAAUUUGCGAUGUAUUUUCUGUGUGUUCUAUUUAGGGCCAACAUUGCCUAGACAAAAUUCACAACUGCCUGCCCAGGUUCAAAAUGGCCCAUCACAAGAAGAAUUGGAAAUUCAAAGAAGGCAACUACAAGAACAGCAACGACAAAAGGAGCUGGAGCGGGAAAGGCUGGAGAGAGAAAGAAUGGAAAGGGAGAGGUUGGAGAGGGAGAGGCUAGAAAGGGAAAGACUGGAGAGGGAGCGACUAGAGCAGGAGCAGCUGGAGAGAGAGAGACAGGAAAGGGAGCGGCAGGAGCGGCAGGAGCGCCUGGAGCGGGAGCGCCUGGAGCGCGAGCGGCUGGAGAGGCUGGACCGGGAGAGGCAGGAGAGAGAGCGGCAGGAGCAGCUAGAAAGGGAGCAGUUGGAAUGGGAGCGAGAGCGAAGAGUAUCGAAUGCUGCUGCCCCCGCCUCUGUGGAGACUCCUCUAAACUCUGUGCUGGGAGACUCCUCUGCUUCUGAGCCAGGCUUGCAGGCAGCCUCUCAGCCGGCCGAGACUCCAGCCCAACAGGGCAUUGUCUUGGGACCACCUGCACCUCCACCCCCGCCUCCCCUCCCACCAGGUCCUGCCCAGGCUUCAGCCACACUCCCUCCACCCCCAGGACCCCCUCCACCCCCUCCUCUUCCAUCCUCAGGGCCUCCGCCUCCACCUCCGCCACCCCCUCUUCCUAACCAAGUCCCCCCUCCGCCUCCACCACCGCCCGCUCCUCCUCUCCCUGCAUCUGGAUUUUUUGCGGCAUCCAUGUCGGAAGACAAUCGCCCUUUAACUGGACUUGCAGCUGCAAUUGCUGGAGCAAAGCUUAGGAAAGUGUCGCGGAUGGAGGAUGCCUCUGUCCCAAGCGGAGGGAGUACCAUUGGCGUGAAUUCGGCCUCAUCUAAAACAGAUUCAGGUCGUGGAAAUGGACCCCUUCCUUUAGGGGGUAGUGGUUUAAUGGAAGAAAUGAGUGCCCUGCUGGCCAGGAGGAGAAGAAUUGCUGAAAAGGGAUCAACAAUAGACACAGAUCAAAAAGAGGACAAAAAUGAAGACUCAGAGCCUGUGACUUCUAAGGCGUCUUCAACAAGUACACCUGAACCAACGAGAAAACCUUGGGAAAGAACAAACACAAUGAAUGGCAGCAAGUCGCCCGUCAUCUCCAGACGGGAUUCUCCAAGGAAAAAUCAGAUUGUUUUUGACAACAGGUCCUAUGAUUCAUUACACAGACCCAAAUCUGCACCCUCGUCCCAGCCCAGUGCCAACGGAGUCCAGACGGAGGGGCUGGACUACGACAGACUGAAGCAGGACAUUUUAGAUGAAAUGAGAAAAGAAUUAACGAAGCUAAAAGAAGAACUCAUUGAUGCAAUCAGGCAGGAACUGAGCAAGUCAAAUACCGCGUAGAGCCACAAACUAAGGAGAAGAGAGGACUUUAAUCUGGAGAAAGAAGAAAAAACCUACAAACAACAAACCCCUAGAUUUUGUGAGCUGUAAGAAGAAAAUGGAGACAAACAGUCAGAAGGAGGGAAAAACCAACGUGUUUGAAAGCCUUCAGACAUUCUUACUCUGGUGAUAAGCUAUUUCCCUCCCAGUUUGCUGCUUUUUUCUGACCUUUUCAACAGGAUGGAAGAGAGUCAUGUAAGAGUUCCUACGACAGUUAUGCAGAAAAUACUAAACCCGUCAGACAGGAUCACCGUGCAUUGAAAUAUUUUCAUGUCGAGAAAAAAAUUGCACACUUCCCACAGUCCAUUGCUAAAAUAAAGAAGAAAAAGGCUUAAGAAGUGUUUUUCAGAGAGCGCUGAUGAAGAAUUUAGCAAGUUAUGCUAUUGUAUUGUAAAUGUUUCUCUCAGGUUUGUCUUCCUAUCAUAUUUGAUAUUCCAUGAAUAAUUGAGAUGUAGGUUAAGAUCAUAAAAUGUGGAACAAAUGGAAUUGUAUGUGCUUUCCAAGGGUGAUAUUUAUCAGAAAGUAUCCUAAAAAUGACUUGUCCAGCUUGAGGAAUUUUAGAAUGAUAGGAAGUCUCUCGAGUUAGCCUUCAUGCAAUUUUGUAGAUUAAAACAUAAAAUUCGUCCAGAAUUUAAAGAUUUAGAUGCCUUCCUAAAUUGUUACAAUGCUUUACCAAAUCUAUGACUCCUACAUAACACAAACCAGUGGUCAAAUGUAAAACAAUAUAUUGUAGAUUUACUGUAGGUUUUCAACCUUUUUUAGAUUUAUGCAUGUGGACAUUUUUAUAACGUAAUUACAACCACCACAAAGUUAGCUUUUUUAAUUGCAGACAGUAAUGCAUGUCACACUAAUACGUAGUGGCCUUUGCAAGGCCUAGUCCCAGGGAGAUCGUUUUGUAGAGUAUAGGGGAGUGGGAGGAAGGGAAGGAAUAAGUUUUUAUUUAAAGUUAACUUCUGCACUAUCUUUUUUUCUCAAUUACCUGCAUGAAUAAUAAUGAGGAAUAUUUUGUGACUUUAAUUGGUAAAUAUGUUAACAGAACCAAGUACUUAAUCUGUUACAUCAUGUCUUCAGCUAUUUGUAUUUUAACUUCAGUAAUUUCGAUGGUCUGAAACGUGACUCUGAGCUUCCCGAGUCCCCUCUCACUGUGGAGCUCAGAGGCUCGACCCCGGGUUUGGCGGUUGCCAUCCCCUCGGGGCCCUGCAGUUGUACAGGUGUCCAGGUACAUGUUCCUGACAACGAAGCUGCUUUUGAACUUUGUUAUGUUGAAAUACAAGAGUUAACAAUGAUGGCAGCCCUUAGGAUCUCAGAAAUCAUUAGGUAAAGGGAAACCAAUGAAGACUUCUUCAUGAUUUUCUUUGAAUAAAUAAAGCGAGACUUAGGUGGUGGGAAGAGGAAUUAGACACCCAAGUUCUCAUUGUGUGGGUGCGCACGUGUUUGUGUGCGCGUGCGUGUGGGUGUGCGCAGGCAGGCAUGUAUGUAAUCCACUCCCUUUUCUUCGAAACUCGUAAGAUUAAAAUAGGGGAGAAAUCCUGUAUGUUGCAAUGAUAGAUUUCUUUUUGAAAAUUUAGGAAAUCAGAAAUUCUCCAGGCUCUCCAUCUUGAUUUAUGCUUGAGUUGUUAUGUGCCAUAUUUGCUUUGAAAUCUUUGAUUAUCAGAAGUUCUACUAAAAUUUUGGAGACAUAAUCCAUUUUCAUCUGCUUUCUAGAUUUCUUACCUCUCGGUUCAUAAGGACAGAGCUUGUGGAUAGCAUAGUUUUCUAAAUGCUGCCCUUCUGCAGCCACUACCACUGCAGAGAGGUUGGAAUGAGGGAAUAUUUUUUCCUUGUUAAAAUAGUUCUUGUUUCUGUAGAAACUUCAUUUUGAGAUUAAUCUGUGAUGGAUGAGCUAUCAUAAUUCAAUAAUACAGUUCUUUUUUCUAUAAACUAUUCACCGUCAUGCAAUAGUAGUGAAGGCUUAUAAGUACUAUUUUCUAAAAGAAAUAGGAGGCAUUUUCAUCUUUAUUAUUGUACUUUUGGUUAUGCAAACACUUUAAUGAUACAAACGUUUAUGUCCCCUAUAAAUCUGGUCAGAAAUCACUUUCGAUUUUGUUGGUUAAGUUAAAUAGUCUAUGGUAGGAUAGAGUACUGGGUACAGUGGUCCAAAGUAAGGUAAAAGACUACAAUAAAUUGGUAGAUCUUAAAAGAAACCGGUUUAUGCACUAAACGUUUUGUGCCUUGGUCUAAUAUUGACACGAUGUCUGUGUAAAAUGACAAAAAGAACCAGUGUCGAAUCACAUUCUAUUUUCCAUCAUUUUGCAUUAUCCCAGAUUGCUAACUGUGUUCUUUCCAAGAGGUUUGAUUGAAUUACUCUAUAUAUUUACUGUCAGGCGUGACAGUUUUGUCAUUGUUAGAGAUUUCAGUAAUUAAAAUGGGAAACAGAAGCUUAAGUUAUUUUCCUCCUCAAAACUGUGUUCCUUGGAACCCCUUAUUCCGAUGGUUUCGUGCUCGUGUACAUUGGAUGUCUUACGCUGAGCGAAGUUCAGGGGCCCUUUUUCAUUACAGGAAGGCACUUCUUCCCUCAACACUGUGAUCUGACCUGUGACAAAUCUGUACCAUACGCUCUGUCAAUGGCUAACCAGUCAAUGCAAACCAACUGAAUGUACAAAUCUUAGUGCUGGUGCUGAAAUCUCUUCAGAACAGACAUCACGGUUUCAAAGUUUGUUUCGAAAUUUGCGAGCAUCAAGUGUCACUCAAAACUGAAGAUGAAACACUAAUGAAUGUCGGAUUCUCAUGCUUUAGGUGUACUUCCUGUUUAGAUCUUUCGGUUCUCUGCUAUUUUUACCGUACUGUUUCAUUUAAAUUUCCUACACGCUAACUUCGUUUGUGCGAUUGAAAUAAAAUUGCGGUAUAUACAUGUUGCUUGUUUGUGACACUUAGAUAAUCAUCUGAAAUAAUCUGUUGGUUCUCAAAUAAGUUAUAUUGAAUGUGAAGAACACUUUUUAAAGUCCACGACUUCAUUACUUCAAAGUUUACGUAUCACACCACUGUUCUUUAAAGAUUUCAUAAAAGUCUUAAAUACUAAGUAAUGUAUACAAAGGGAAUGUGUGUAAUGUAUCUACUUUUUGUUUGAAAUAACUUUUGGGUGUUUCCUCUUGGUUCUUAUUUUCUCUUGGCCCAGCUUGACACACUGUCUUACUCUUACAGUCAAGAGAAUGAUAAAUAUUUAAUUUUGCUCUGCUUUGUUCUACAACAUACUCAGAUGCUUAAGCUCAUUUACACAGUUCAAAUCUUCCUUUAUGUAUUUGCAGGGUAUAAAGGACAUUGUGUGGUAAAGGGCCUUAUCGAGUAUGAACUUUAAAUAUAGUGAAAUCUGUCUCUGUGGUGUUAUUCAUACAUCAUGCCAAUUUCUGGAAAUCUACGUAUUAGCAACCGUACUUUUUAUCUGACCCUUAUGAAGGAUUAAUUUUGAGUUCCAUUUUAAAAUUCUGAUGCCUUCAUUAGAAAUACAGUGGUCCUUGUCUUUUUUCCUUUUCCAGACCCGGAUGUUCCCUCUGCUGUCCUCUCCACUCCUCAUGGAGGGCGUGUUCUUGUCAUUCGUUACACAGCCACAGUUCUAAAAAUAUCAACUGGUGUUUCUCUCUGUCCUGUCUCAGGUUCUUGCUUCCUUUCAUAUGUAAGUCAGAAUGUUUGUCUGCAAACUAAAGUCACUUCUUCCCGUUCGAGAAUGAAUGAAGUAACAGAUGGCCGCUUUUGCAGUUUGCCUUGCUGCAACUUUUGCGCCUCCUAAGUUUGUAGAUCCUUUCAGUGCCAUUGUGCAGAACUGGCCUUACAUUCUAAGUAGUGCUGUCUGAGGAAGCACAGUUUACAAAGGAGGCUGCAGGAUCUCUGUCCUUCUUUUUUGUAGCCAUCGUAACUUCAUAACCCCAGUACUCUUUAAAUUCUAUCGAUUGUAAGCAUAAAAAUGACAUCAUAUAAAGCAUGCAGUGUGAAAGAACUCUCUAGGAGCUCUUAGUUCCUUUAAGUAGCUGUUAUAAAAUCCACUUUCCUAAAGACAUUUAUACUAGCGUUCACUCUGAAGCUCCAAACCUGAUCCUGCUAGUUCCGUUUUUGUUUAUAAUAGAAAGAUGAAUUUAUAUCUGUCCAUCUCUUGAAAGCUCCAAGGAAUGGGAAUUUAACCCAUGAGAAUGUGGAAAUUAGUGAUGCUUAAUACCUCUGACUUUUCCUGAAAAGCCAUUUAAUAUUUCUACUUAAAUGCUUUUGAAGUCAAAACUUGAAGUAUGUAUAAGGAAUCUUUGUGAAUCUGAGUGAAUAAAAUUGUUCUGGGCACCUUUGGCUACCUAGAGACGUGGAGAACGUUUGCUUUUAAGAAGCUAGAGUGGGUACCCCUCCAAGAAAGGCUGUUCAGACGAGCCAGUGCGUUGAGGUCUGUAGUGCAGGUUUCCUCUGUUCCCAGCAUCCAAAUAGGGUUGUGGAUUAGGUUUGUUCCCUUUGGGUUGUCUCUAGGUAAUUUUUGAGAAUCAAAGAGAUUUUUCUAUGUUAAUGAUGCUGGAAAAGUGAAACCUUCCAGUUUGAAAGAAGUCUAAAAUUGAUUAGAAAAAACAAUAUUGAAAGAGUAAAUUUAGGAUGGUUUAGGGAUAUUCAGUGUCAACCUACACAGAGUUCUAGAGUAAAUCUUUUGUUGAAUGCUAAUGACGAGUUCAUGUAAGAGGCAGACGGAUUCUUGGGGUAAGGAGGUAUAUUUGAAAACUGCUUAAAUCUGAACUCUGUCCAUUUAUCUGUCUUUUUUUCUAAAUAGUUUAUAAAGUAACAAUCCUUGUGAGAGGGUAAAUAAAUAACUUGGUCAUAAA